AUGGGUCUUGGUGUUUUGGAAGAUACGAAACUCGACCAUGUGCCUGGCACGGUCCUGCUCAACGAUGAGUCGUCUCAAACCGCAGCGGCCGUUCAAGGCCUCAAGCACGGCAAGGGUCGCAAUGCACACAUUGUGCUCUCGCCUCAACCCAGUGAAGACCCCAAUGAUCCCUUGAACUGGCCUCAAUGGAAGAAGGAAGUCAUCAUCGCCAUCCUCUGCUUGGGCGCCAUGCUCUAUGCAGGAACCAAUGGUCCAUUCCUGAACGCUUCCUACUUUGAGAUGUCUCAGCAGCUCAACACCUCCAUCACCACUGUCGUCAUGGCUUCAGGCUAUAACCUUCUCGCCGCUGGCUGUAUUGGACCUUUCGUCUCUGCUUUCGGCCGCAAGUAUGGAAAGCGCCCCGUCUUUCUCGUCUCUGCCCUCCUCUGCAUCAUUGGCACUGCCAUUGGAGAGGCCAAAAUCAACUACGAAUACCUUCUAGCCUCGCGCAUCAUUCAAGGCUUCUCUACUUCCGCCUUUGAGUCCCUGAUAAUCAGCACGGUGGGCGACAUAUACUUCGUCCAUGAGCGCGGUCUGCGCAUCGCUGUCAUCAAUUUCAUCCUCAACUCCGCCUCCAGCCUCUCUUCCAUCAUCUGCGGCCAGGUCUUCCAGAGCCUGGGCUGGCUGUGGCUGUUCCAUCUAUUCCAGAUCUUUUGUGUAUUGCAAUUCGCCCUGAUGUUCCUCUUCUGCCCCGAAACCACCUACAUCCGCGACACCCGAUACGAAACCGAUAUUGUUCGUGACGAGAACCUCGAAGAACUUGCUGCCGUCGAAAAGGGCCUGGCAACAACUCAGCAUACUGAGAAGGCUCAUCCCUCGUCCAACAGCAGCCAACAAGAAGAGUCUGCCACCCCCGCAGUCCCGGCCAAGAAGACCUUUGUUCAGGAACUCGCUGUCUAUACUGGUGUAUACUCACAUGACAGCAUCUUCAAGUUCUUGAUUGGGCCUUUUGUCUGUCUGCUCAAUCCCGCGGCAUGCUAUGCCAUUCUCGCCUCUGGCCUCCUCAACAGCUGGUACGUCGGAAGUGCCAUCAUCCUCGCUGGCAUCUUUGCCGGUCCACCGUGGACCUUCAAUGCAGCCCAAAUCGGCUACCUUGGUGCCGGUCCCUUCAUCGGCGGCGCCCUUGGCUCUCUGGUGUGUGGCUUCACGGGCGAUUGGGUAAUCAAGCACCUGACCAAGCGCAACAACGGCAUAUACGAGCCAGAGUUUCGUCUGGUCUUCAUGGUUCCUGCUGGCAUUGCUUGCGGUCUCGGCAUGUUCCUCUUCGGCUACACACUCGAGAUCGGCGCCGCCGCUGAACUCUGUUCAUUCCUGCAAGGCCUGAUGAUGGUCGGUGUCCUGAUCGGUAUCUUCUCGACCCUGUCUUACGGUCUCGACUCCUUCCGAAGCCAGAGUAACGAGAUCUUUGUCAUGAACAUGCUUUUCAAGAACUUUAUGUUCUACGGUCUAUCCAACUUCGCCAACGACUGGGUCGCCGCCAAGGGCCCCGAGGAGAUCAUGUUCGUCUUUGGCGGCACAUCCAUCUUCAUCGCCAUCCUCGCCCUACCCGUCUACAUCUUUGGCAAGCGCAUGCGCAGCUGGUGGAGCCGGCACGACAUGUUCGUCACUCUGAGAAUGAGCACCACGGGCCCGGUGCAGGCCAUGGAGUAG